AGCACCGCAAGCCCCAGGGAACACCGUGAGUUCCAGGGAGCACCGUGAGCUCCAGGGAGCACCGUGAGCUCCGGGGCUGCCAGCCAUGAGUCUGGACCCCCCCAAGCUGGAGGUGAAAUCGGCCACGAGGGUGAGCGGAGGUCCUGCCACCCCCCGCAAGGGACCCCCCAAGUUCAAGCAGAGGCAGACGAGGCAGUUCAAGAGCAAACCCCCCAAAAAGGGGGUGCAGGGGUUUGGUGACGACAUCCCAGGCAUGGAGGGGUUGGGAACAGACAUCACCGUCAUCUGUCCCUGGGAAGCCUUCAGCCACCUGGAGCUGCACGAGCUGGCUCAGUACGGAAUCAUUUAGGAUUUGGGCAGGCUCACCAGCCCUGUAGUGCUGUGUAGGUCAAGGCCCCCCUUGCCCAUGCUGGGGAGGGGGAGCUCAGCUUGGAAAAAUGCUCAUUAAACCCUAACGAGCACAGGA